GGCUUCGCUCGGUCAGUUCCGGCUCUCGACCAAAAGAAUUCGUCAGUAUUCGCCGCGCAGCCUUGCCGGCAAGUUGUAUACAAUAGAGAGGUGAUUUUGAUUCCCGUAGUAAUCACGAGUGCGCGUGUCUGAUACGGAGAAUACGUUCGAAGUGUAGUCGUUACGUGUGGGUAUGCUCGACGUUGGCCGGAUCGCGUUAUAUCAGUGGGCACUUAAAAGUCCGGGUGUGUUCGUCGGUGGUGGAUCGUCUUGAUCUACUUUAAAUCCUGGAAGACGCCAGGUGGAGAGUGGUGUCAGGGAACAUCGAUGAAAAAUUGUAGGAGAAACGGACUUGGACGAGACGGGAGGAUAUCGAAAGUCGUCGAUUCGAUCGUUAGAAUUUUAUCGACAGAUUUCGAACGACGGAAAGCGACGAGGCGAUACGAUUCCGCGGCGGCACGAUACUCGAAAACUUGUCCGAAAGUCGCGUACGAUCCGACGCGCGAGAUAACGAAGUCGAAGAUCCUCUCCUCCUCGCAGUGGGCCAAGUUCUCUAUCAAAACAUGGCCACGUGACCAACGGCGCGGCUUGUAAACAGAGAGUUUGACCACGUGGUCUGCCCCCUCCACCGCCUUCUCUGUGUUUCUCUCUCGUGCUCUUUCUGCUACCGUCUUUCUCUCUCGUUCGUUCGCGACACGGAGAACAACGUACAGUGUAUUCUCGGUCGGUCCGCUGCCAGUUGCGGGAGAGUUCGAUUCGGGCGAUCCGGCGAUACUUUUCGUCGCGAUUCGAGGCGAGUUUUUCACGAGUUCUCGGUACAACGUACGCACGCUGUUCGAGUUUAGUCGUUGCGCGUUGUAAACACACACACACACUCUCGGUAGAGUCGUUGGAAAAAGUGACUUCGGUUUCGGUUUCGUUAACGUUGUCCCAGUGUUGUUGAGCGGUUGGAGUGACGAUCUCGCCGCGUUAUCGACAUUUCUCGAUUUUAGUUGCCAGAUAGCGCGAUAUCUGUCGGGGACCAGCACCUUUCGAGGUGCUAGCGCGAUCAAAGUGGAAUUCACGGACGAGUCUAGCAUGAUGGACCCGGUGUCGGUUUCAGCAUCGGGUUCGCAGUCCGGGUUGCAACCACAGCAGGGGGUACCGUACGACCUUGAGAGUGGAUUCGAACCGCAGACGAGAGCGCGAUCGCACACGUGGCCGUUGCCAAGAUCCGAGGGAUACAUCGAUGGGAACGUGGUGGCGAACGUGUCGGCCAGCAAAGAGGGUGUCGAAGGCGGCGAAAGUAGCACGCCGCCGCGACACGGCUCUCUCGGCCAAGGUACCAGCCUGCUUCCGGUCAAAAAGAAUUCCUCGCGAAGAAACGCCUGGGGAAAUCAUAGUUAUGCGGAUCUAAUCACUCAAGCGAUUACCAGCGCUCCCGACGAACGGUUGACUCUGUCUCAGAUCUAUGAAUGGAUGAUGCAGAAUAUUCCGUUUUUCAGAGAGAAGGGGGAGAGCAACAGUAGCGCCGGAUGGAAGGUGAUUCUAUGGAUCAGGACUUUGGUUUGUCCUGUCCUCAGUCGGGAUGUUACGGCUUUUUCUUUUCCAUUAAAUCUUUUACGAGGUUGUGUAUCUUUGAUCUUUUGGUCAAAGUCCAUAUCUUGUUCCGUUGUUCUUUUACAAUUUUUCCUGUGCGGUUUAUGAAGUCCUUGAAAGGGACAAGUUAGUGUUUUUCAAACAAAACUGCUUUCGUUCGCUAGAAACGCACGUGUUAAAAGUGACUUGUAAAUCGGUGAUCAUCGCUCACUUUUUCGUCCAUUUAUCAAUUUCUGUUUAACUUUACCGCAAAUAUAGUUUUGUACUAAUUCGUCUAAAUCGAAUUCUUUACAUCAGCUUGAACAUUAAUAAUAAAAGUAGAAUCGAUUAUUAUUUCUUGGGAUACGAAAAGAAAACGUAUAUUAUGUUUCGACUGUCGUGGUUCUAUCCCUCUGUGUAUAAAAGGAAAUAAUAAAUGGGAGAAACUCAAAGAAAUGAUACAAAAGGUAGAGGAGCUUACGAAGAAAUAAACAAACAUUUUCUAAAAAGACACAGUGCUGGAAAGGAUUAGAAUUCUUGUAAUCCUCUUUUGUUUGCUUGAAUAUGCUGGGCGGAGUGCUGAACAAAAGAACGAAUCUCUCAGUGAGAGUUCAGUACAUAUUUCGCAUGGACUUAGAAAUCUCCAGAAACGGUAUAAUUUUUAAUUCAAUUAUUUUUUUAUAUCUGUUGUCGUUAAUAAUUUAUAAGCACUUAAAUACAAGGGGUGGUUCAAAUAAAAGAGGUUAUUGCUAAUACUCCAUUCCACUAAUUAAAUACAAAACUAAAAAUAAAAGAAAAAAUCUUACGAACAAAUCGAUAUGAUAAAAAAAAAUUUCCACUGAUUUCAGAACUGUUACUUUUAUUUAUUUAUUUACGAAUAUGAAUCCCCUUGUAUUCAAAAAUAAAGAGAAAUAAGUAGUAGUAGUAGUAUCAUUUUAUUGCUUCCCCUUAGCGUUACAAGCACUCCUUAUCUUGCACUCUUCUCUACAAACCUUCCUUAACGUAACUUAUCCUACUCUUACACUACCGCUCCGCACGCUUCUCCCCCUUUCUCUCGUCCCGCUCGCUCUUAGCCUACUUGGCCUACUUAGCCUACUUAUCCUACUAGCCUACUCUUACGCUACUCUUAGCCUACUCGCUCUCUCUCUCUCUCCCUCCUUAAUUCUCCCCUACUCCACUACUUCCGCUCGCCCUCCCCGCCUUCGACUUCCAUUUCCACUCUUUCACUCCAUUCCUUCUUUCGCUCCUUCCUUCCUUUUACCUCCCUCCUUCACGCCCCCCUUCCCCCCUUUCCUCCUCUUUCUCUCUCCUCCUACCCUCCAGCCUCUUUAUCCAAACCUCCCCUCCCCCUCCCUCGUCUAAAAUCUCCCUUAUCUUUUCCCCGAUCCCCUUCCCCUCUGCCUCAUCCCCUGUACAUCUCUCCAAGACGUGCUCCCACGUCUCCUCCUCCCCUCCACAUACCCUGCAUCUCCUCUCUUCCUCAUCCCCCCAGUAUCUCCCCCCCCCCUCAUUUCGUUCCCCAUCCUAUACCUUGCUAGUCUCCCAUACCU